AUGAGCAAACGCGCCCCUUUAGAUUUGGAGGAGAUUCUCCGUCAAAAGAAGGCCGCAGCCGCCGAGGCAGCGAAGCCUCGUUUCAUCCCAAAAAAAGAGCGCGAGAGACGGGCGGCGGAAAAGGCAGCAGCAGAGCAAGAGGAGCAAAAGCGGAAAGCCGAAGCUGAGGCGCGCGAAAAGGCCGAACGGGAGGCGAAGUGGCUGGCAAAGGCGAACACCAGUAACGGAAGAAAUGUCACGAACGGCACAAACGGCACAAAUGGCAUCGGCGCCCCCGAUCGAGUCCCGACCGGCCCAAAAGCUAUGAACCAGCACGACGAUGGCGGACGACGACGAGGACGGGACAAGCCCGAACCGAAAAAGGCGACAACGAAAGACGGAAAAGAGAAGAAAUCAGCCGACACGAUCGAAGCAGAGCUACUGCGCAACCGAUAUCUCGGCCCGGAAGUCAAUAAGGAGUCGAAAUUUUCCGUCAAGAAGAAGCGGAAGAGAGCAGCCGAGUUCAAGUUCGAUUGGGACGCCGAGGAAGACACCACGCGAGACGAUGAUCCUUUAUACGAGUCAAGCUUGGCGCUCAAGUCAUACACAUUUGGCAGUCUCGCAGGCGAGUUCAACGCAGAGGCUGAAAGUAUUGCACUUGCCAGAGCCAAAAGGAUUGAGCAGACGGACGCUGAGAACGGCAAGAGACGCGCUCAGGAGUUUAUGGACGACUUUUACAAGGCUCGAGACCGAGCGAAGGAGCGCGCAGAUCGUACAGGUCUUACGAAGCACUGGUCCAAGAAGGCCCUCGACGAGAUGCGCGAGCGAGACUGGAGAAUUUUCAAGGAGGAUUUCGGCAUCGCAACGAAGGGCGGUCUCAUCCCCAACCCGAUGCGCAGCUGGCAAGAGUCUGGUCUACCCCGACGAUUGCUCAAUAUCAUCGAUCAAGUUGGGUACACAGAGCCGUCGCCCAUCCAGCGAGCCGCCAUCCCCAUCGCGCUGCAAGCCAGAGAUCUUAUCGGUGUUGCCGUCACAGGUUCCGGUAAAACUGCUGCGUUCUUGCUACCGCUGCUUGUCUACAUCUCAGACUUACCGCCACUCACCGAGGUCAACCGCAACGACGGCCCCUACGCACUCAUUUUGGCACCGACGCGUGAACUGGUUCAGCAGAUCGAGACCGAGGCGAAGAAGUUCGCCGGCCCUCUUGGUUUUAGAGUAGUCAGUAUCGUCGGUGGUCACUCUCUGGAAGAACAGGCAUUCGCGCUGCGCAACGGUGCCGAGAUCAUUGUCGCAACCCCCGGUCGUUUGGUAGACUGCAUCGAGCGACGCCUCUUGGUCCUCUCGCAGUGCUGCUACAUCAUCAUGGAUGAAGCUGAUCGCAUGAUCGAUUUGGGUUUUGAGGAGUCGGUCAAUAAGAUUCUCGAUGCCUUGCCCGUGACGAACGAGAAGCCAGACACCGAAGAAGCAGAGAAUGCAGCUAUUAUGAAGAGGUAUCUUGGUGGAAAGGACCGGUACAGACAGACAAUGAUGUACACGGCCACGAUGCCACCGCUCGUUGAGAAAAUCGCGAAAAAGUACCUACGGCGACCAGCAAUUGUCACAAUCGGUAACGCUGGCGAGGCUGUUGACACGGUCGAGCAGCGGGUGGAGUUUGUAUCCGGCGAGGACAAGCGCAAGAAGCGUCUGCAGGAAAUCCUUGCGUCCAACGAGUAUGCUCCACCCAUCAUCGUAUUCGUCAACAUCAAGCGCAAUUGCGACGCUGUCGCGAGAGACGUCAAACAUAUGGGUUACUCGGCGGUCACCCUUCACGGAAGCAAGACCCAGGAACAGAGAGAGGCAGCCCUUGCUUCCGUCCGAGCUGGUCAGACAGAUGUUCUUGUCGCCACAGACUUGGCUGGAAGAGGUAUCGAUGUGCCGGACGUGUCCCUGGUCAUCAACUUCAACAUGCCGUCAAGCAUCGAGGCGUACACCCAUCGUAUCGGUCGUACGGGUCGUGCGGGCAAGAGCGGUGUCGCCAUUACGUUCCUCGGCAACGAAGAUACCGAUCUGUACUACGACCUUAAGCAGAUGCUCUCCAAGAGCUCACUUUCCAGGGUACCGGAGGAGCUUCGUCGGCAUGAAGCCGCACAGUCGAGACCUGUCAAGAGACACAAGAUGGCCUAG